AAUUUUUACAUUGCUUUCUGCUUGUUAGUUGUUAUGUUAUUGAAAUUGGUAGUCUUUCCUAAGUAAUUAUGUUCCCAUUGAGAUACUUCAAGACACGAAUUACAGAAUAUUAAGCAAGAGAGAACUUGCUGUUUGGCCCAGCACAUGUUUGUAAUGUUAUAGAAUCGUUACAAUCAAUUCUAACGCAUAAAUACUGGUGUUACUCUAAUUUGUACGAGUUGUUUUGAAGUGUCGACUAUGAGUAGUAACCACCAUAGAGGUCUUUUAGUGCCCUCAAACGGUGAUAUCGACCAUGUAUACUAUCUUUCUGAACACUUUGGAGAUCUUUAUUUAAAUGAAGAUUAUAGUGAUAUUGUUUUGAAAGUUGAUGAUCAAAAAUUCCAUGCUCAUAAAGUUAUUUUGGCAGCAAGAAGCGAUUACUUUCGUGCUCUUUUGUUUGGUGGCAUGAAAGAAUCUAAGCAGUCUGAAAUUGAACUGAGAGGAACAAGCAUCGAUGCUUUCAAAGGACUACUAAAAUACAUUUACACAGGCCACAUGUCUCUGGCGUCUCUUAAGGAGGAUGUGGUCUUAGAUAUUUUGGGACUCGCCCACCAAUAUGGCUUUGUAGAUUUGGAAACUUCAAUCUCAGACUUUCUCCGACAAGCCUUGAGCCUCACAAAUGUUUGUGCCAUAUUUGACGCCGCGAGACUCUAUCAGCUCCACUAUUUGACCAGAGUUUGUGCCAGCUUCAUGGACAAUCACGCUGCACAGAUCAUUCAACACGAGACUUUCACACAGUUGAGCCCUGGUGGGUUGAAAGAGCUGCUAGAGAGAGACUCGUUCUAUGCCCCAGAAGUUGAUAUCUUCCAAGCUGUCGUUGAUUGGGCAAAAAAUAAUGCACUGUCAUCAGGACCUGAGCUAGAGAUGGUGUUGGGGACUGUGAGACUACAGCUGAUGACAGUCAGUGAGUUGCUCGGAGUAGUCAGACCUCUUAGGCUAGUCACUCCAGACACCAUUUUGGACGCUCUCACUCUUCGCACAACAUGUCGUGAUUCUACCUUGAAGUAUCGAGGAGCCCUUAAGCCAGAGGAGAACGUAGCGCACCCUAACUACGGCACGCAGGUGCUCCAGGGAGAGAUGCGGACGGCUCUGUUGGACGGAGACUGCAGCAACUACGACAUGGAACGAGGUUACACAAGACACGCCAUCAACGAGGCCGGUGACAACGGCAUACUCAUCAAGCUGGGCAAACAGUUCAUCGUCAACCAUGUUAAGAUGCUGCUGUGGGAUAGAGACCUGAGGUCCUACUCAUACUACAUUGAAGUUUCAAUGGACCAGAAAGACUGGACGCGAGUCAUCGACCACACAAGUUACUUCUGCCGAUCGUGGCAAUACUUGUACUUUGAGCCGAGAGUGGUGAGAUACGUCAGGAUAGUUGGGACCAACAACACGGUUAACAAAGUGUUCCAUGUUGUCUCUUUUGAGAUUAUGUACACUAAUACUCCAGUAAACAUCGAAAAAGGCUUGAUAGUGCCUAAACACAAUGUGGCCACAAGCGCAUGCAGUGCCAGCGUGAUUGAAGGUGUGUCUCGCAGUCGUAACGCUCUGCUGGACGGAGAGACUAAACGUUAUGAUUGGGACUCUGGCUACACUUGUCACCAGCUGGGCAGCGGCUCAAUACUCGUACAACUGGGUCAGCCCUACCUACUCGACUCUAUGAGGAUCCUACUAUGGGACUGUGACGACAGAAGCUACAGCUACUACGUGGAAGUGUCUGUGAAUCUGUGGGACUGGGAACUCGUCUGGGACAAGACCAGGGAGAAUUGUCAGUCUUGGCAAUACAUAACGUUUCCCCGCAGACCAGUCGUGUUUAUCAGGAUAAUCGGCACACACAACACUGCUAACGAGGUUUUCCAUUGUGUACACCUGGAAUGCCCCGCCCAGAGUGAGGAGGCUGGUUCCCCCCGCUCAGACCCACGACCCCCCCGUCCCUUGCCCCCCGCAGCCUCCCACCAACACCAUCACCACCAUGCUCCUGACAUGGUGCCUACUGCGGCUGAGGCCACCGAGGAGGAGGCUAAUAAGGAAGAUGAUGAAGUGGAAGAAGAGGCAGAAGCAGCUGCAGUUGCUGUAGUUGCUGAGGACCAGCCAUAAGUUAAUCCUCCGGACCUUUUGUGAUAACUUACUAUUUAAAUAACUUCCAAUCAAUGUUUCCUAUGUUGUUUGUGGUACUUAAGUCUUGCCUAUUUGUGAAUACUUUGUUUGUAUAUGUUUGUUAAAAAUGUCAAAAUCUUAUAUUUGCACAUUAUUAUUAAUUUAUUGUAUAAAGAAAAAUUAUGUAGUAUAUCUAUUUGUAAUAAAUACAUGUAUAGUGCCUGAACAAUGUUUUAUGGUUUAUGUUGGAUUGUUAUUUUUUUAAAUUAGUUUAUGUUGUAUUAUAACAGUUUUGUUAUUAAAGUUGUUUUAGCAUAAA